UCGGCGCAAUAUUUGAAAAUGGAAUCUCUUAAUAGCUCUAAAUAUUCAUUCGAGACAUCGUAUAAAAGCCCCUCAGAAAAUGCCAUGUACAAUAAUGACAAUUCAAUGAUCAAUCUAUAUGGUAAAAGUGUAGCAAAAUCAAUCAAGCAGUAUGAAAAAGAAUUACGCGAAUACCAGCAACAAAACGUGGACUUGAAGUUUCAAGUUCACGAUAUGAAACAAUUAAUUCAGGAAUCAUGCAGAAUAGAUCCAAAACUUAUAUCUCUAUUCUCCAAAUUGAACCAAAAGUAUGCUAUUCACGACAUUAUAUCAAACGAAAAUUCGCAUCAAGCCUUAUCACAACAAGAUACGCAAGAGACCUUGCAACUCCCCAAAAUAAUGCACGAUGCCAUGACAGCAAUUUCGCCAUCAUUUUGUCAACAAAGUAAUGCAAGCGAGGAAUCCAUGUCUCAGUUUACAAUUGUUGAUUCUACCACCUUAGGUUUUUCACAAGAACCCGUCCCUCGUGAUGAUAAAUUUUUAAAGCUCUUGCAUGCAGCUAACUUACUACAAACCCACCUUAAAAUAAUAGUGGAUUAUUAUAUUAAGAUGCUUGAGCAGAAUAAAUCGUCAACAACCUUCAACUCUCUUAACACUUGCUCCUUUGACCGGGAGGAGUCCUAUGGUGAUCGUUCCUUUCAAAUCGAAAUGCCUAAUUUUGAUAGCCUGAACUUAAUCUUGGAAGAAGCAUCCGAUAUUAUCCAGGACAGUUUUUCUUAUGCUAACCAAUACAUAGAUUCAAACAAAACUCCUUGCGAUGUCAAUCAACACAAUGAAUAUCAAGUGCAGCAAAUUGACGUUGACACGGAUAACAAUCAAAAAGAUUACGUUUCCCAGAUUAAUUUUUGGAAGCAACAAGUUAUAAGCCUGAACCAAGACAAUAAAGAUUUAUAUGCUCUGAUGACCCAGGUCAAGAUGAGCUCAGAAGAAAAGAUGGCCCAAUGUAAUUCACAAGAAGCUAUUCGCAAUGGGGAUGCAUUAACCAAAUCUAUGAUCGAAGAUGUCGAUCAUAGGUGGAAACUAAAAACGUCUGCAUUAAUAAAUCAAUAUGAACAAAGAAUCAGUGAGUUACUGCAAGAGAUGCAGAAUUUUGAGCAUAUCAACAAAAAGUUGUCAGAAGACUUACAAUUUAAUAUUGCAGCCCAAAAUAAACUAGAGAAUGAUAUCCAGGUAGGACAAGAAAAUGUCUUGAAAAUUAACCCUGACAAUCAUAAAACAUCUUAUAAAUAUCUGAACAUGAAUCGGGAAAAUAAAAGCCUGAAAAACAAGAUAGCAGUAUUAGAGAUGUACAUAUCGCGGAAUGACAAAGCGAAAGUGGAAUCCGUUCACGAUAGUAAAGUAGUGGUGCCUACAUGUGACGAUCUAAAAUCAUUGCAGCAAAUAUCAAUAUCUACUGAUCAAGAUGGGUCAGUUGAUUCCAAUAUAUCGGCUAGUCAUGGCACACCCAAGGCUAAAAGUUUAACUGAAUUUAGCAUUUCUUCGCCUCCAAAUGAGGACAGUUCGGAAGAACCUUCAGAAAUUGCUGUCCAAAAAAUGGUCAAAUCUAAUUCAUAUAACAACCCAAAAAUCGCCAAUGAAAAUAAUUUAAAAAUAGUUAAAAAUAAACAUAAUAUGACAUGGCCUUCGAAAGAUUUAUCGUCUCAGCUGGUUAAUUUUAAAUGUUGCCCCUGUUUUACGACUGAAGAAUCUUCCUUACACGAUGUCGAAGUUCUAAUUAUUAAUGCCACAUGUUAUGAAAAUUUUACCAAACACUACAGUGAAAUAAGAAACCUGACUAUUAAACAGAAUAAGCCAUUGUCCGCUUUCUCAUUAUCGUUGAUGAAAUACAUGGCAAAAUGUGAAUUGGCCUUAUACGCCCAACCCAUUUGGAGGGGAGAAUUUAAAUCACUCGUAUCUUAUAUCAAAUCUCAAGUUAUUGAGGAAAAUCUUAAACUCAAAGAGACAAUAUCCGAAAUUACCGAUAAACUUCGUAAAUCGAAAGCUAGAAAAAAUAAUUUAGAAAGGGGUAUCAUGAAGCAAAUUGAUGACAAGACAAAUUACAAAAAAUCCAAGAGAAUAGCUACAAAGGCGGUGGCUAGGGCCAAAUCUAUGGCAUACGAUGACAUGUAUGAGGAACUAGAUAAAGAAGGGCAAAAUAAAAUAUACAGAUUAGCCAAACAGUGA